GGGGGGGGGGGGGACUGUAUGCCAUAUUGUAUGUCGACCUGAGCCACAUCAUGAGCCACAGGAAAACCUCGUCGAUCAGCCAGCACGAGACAAUGCUAUCGCCUGUGUGCUAGCACCAAUGUGCCAACAUAGAAGCCCACACAAUCGCUGGCAGUGCCUACUUUGUGUGCUAUCUAUGCUAGCGUCUGUAUGCCACCACUUGUGUGCUAGCAUAGAUGUGCCAGCGCCUAUGCAACCAGAGGAGCCCACACAGACGCUGGCAACGCUUACCUAACAUGCUCUCUGUUUGUCAGCAUCUGUGUGCUAGCAACUGUGUGCCAGCAUUCGUCUUCUCAGUAGCAGCCACC